GCCAGAACACAGACGGACUGAAGAACAGACACUCAUGUCUCCAUCUGAAGCUGCAUCCACACUCUUCUGCUGGGAUUGGGCUCUUUUGGAAACUGGACUUUAGAGAAAUGAUGCUCAUCUUUGGACUGAUGCUGCUGCUGCUGCAAACUGCUGCAUGUCUGGAGUUUAACUGCAGGUUUAAUCAGAAAGAUCCCUGUUACGCAGCUCUGGGACACAAACUCAAUCUGAAGAUGGUGAACACUAGAAAAUAUAGCCUGAAGAUAUUAAAGAGAAUAAACAACAACCAAAAUGAUCCAGUUUGUAGAGUAAAAUAUGAAAGGAUAAAGGAGAAUGAAUGUGAUCUUUUUAAUAACAGAGCUGAAGAUAGAGUCAUUAAAGGGACUCUGAUAAUAAACCGUGUGAUCAGAGCAGAUUCAGGGAAUUACACUUUAAGACUCGAUCGCUCAAACGGCACAGAAACAUACACAGAUCUUCAAGUGAAUGUUGAAGCUCCUAUUGGCUCAGUGAAUGUGUCAAUCAGCUGCUCCUCCAAUGGGAUGAAGUCAGUGUCCUGCUCCUCUGACGGGGAUCAGCUCAUCUACAGCUGGACUCUGAAUGGAGAAUCACUGAUGGAUGGAAACCCCACCAUUGAGCUGAAUGAGGAAACUGAUGGAAACAUCAUCUGCAGUGUGAAGAACCACGUCAGUCACGGACAGAAGAACAUUAGUAUACAAACCUGUCCUGGAUCAACUACUGCAGCUGUGACCUCUAGUUUGACCUCUACACUGACCAGCAGCACACAGACAUCAAAUCAUGUGUCUGUGGUGUUUGUGCUGGUCUGGAGUUUUCAGCUGAUGGUUCUGUUUGGUCUGUUAGGAGGUUUUCACAUCUACAUGAGACACACGUCAGGAAAGAAACAGGAAGAUCAAAAAGUGAGAAUGAGAAGAUUUAGAGAAGGACAUGAACACACAGCAGAAGAUUCAUGAGAGCAGCAGCAGAUCUCAUCACAUCUAUGAGAAAUCCUCUCCUUCUGCUUUCCCGUUUCUAUGAUGUUUUCAGGCAACGCCAACAAACGUGAAGGAUUUGGAUGACUGCAACUUUGGAUCGACAUGCAAAACUUUCAGAUAUUAUCCUGUAAUAUUUUCAUAUAUUGUAAUCGUUAAGAGCACAAGUUGUAAUUUCUGCCUAACAUACCUUGUGUCUGCUUCACUGAAAACAUGAAGUUAACUAACAAACAUGUACUAAAUUAUAGCUGUAUAUUACUGCCAUAUGGAUAUUACUGUGACACACUCAUCUCUGGCUGAUAACAGAAUAUUUCCUCAAUUGUAAUAUUAAAACAAGCAUUUUCUGUAAAGCUGCUUUGAAACAAUAUGUAUUGUGAAAAGUUUUCAACUUGAAUUGAGAAAGCUUGAAUUCAAAACUGUUCCUCUUGAUCUGUGUGUGUUUGUGGUGUCUGCUGUUUUGCUGUUUGUGCUUUUAAACUUAUUAUGUUUAAGUGUUUAGCCACAUUCAUGCAUUUAUCUUUACCAGACUCUAGAAUAUUCAGAACUAUUCUUUAAGUAUUGUAAAUUGAGUUUGUGUUGAAAUUAAGAUUAACUUUUUGGGAUUGAGUUAAAUGAAAAUAAAACUAAUUGAAUUUUUUUUGACUCUUUGUUGU